UAGAAAAAUAAUCUAUGUGCCCAAUUCCAAAGUACCCGGUAAGAAGAUCCAUUCAUUCAUAUUAUCAUAAUAAUUGAUAAUUCAUAGUAGUACCAGACUUCUGUUUAAAGCCAACGACUUUAAUUAGUUUUAUCAACUACACGCAAUAAACUAUCUUUCCAUACUACAAUACUUUCAUCAGCAUCUACUUCUCACCAACAACAACAACAACAGAAAAAAACUCAGAAACGUUUUUGAUCCUGAAGUUUUUUUGAGCUUCAAUUGAAGGUUCAUCAAUGGCGUAUGUUGAUCAUGCUUUCUCCAUAACUGAUGAAGAUAUUAUGAUGGACAACUCUUAUGCCAUCAAUAAUAAACCCCCAAUUCGAGAGAUCGCUCUUGCAGUCUCUCUCCUCGUUUUUGGAGUUAUCGGUAUUGUUCUUGGGAUUCUCAUGGCUGCUAAUCGUGUGGGCGGUGAUAGAGCUCAUGGGUUAUUUUUUGCUAUUCUAGGAGGGAUCUUGUUCUUACCGGGUUUUUAUUAUACAAGGAUUGCUUACUACGCAUACAAGGGCUACAAGGGUUUUUCUUUCUCUAACAUCCCUCCUGUGUAGAGGUCAGAAAUUAGAUUAGUUAUACUAUAUUCUGUGCUUUCUGUAUAUAGAAAUAGAUAAGUGUAUUAAAGCAAAUGAAAUGUUGAUCUUUUUCUGUAGUUAAGAACUAUAUUUGUUGUUCUUUUAUUUCAUGGUGUGUGGAGAGUGAUGGCUGUAGUGGUUUUAACUUUAAGUUUUGUUUUGUGCUGUGGUGUUGAAUAAAUUCACAUCAUGUGCUUAUCGAUGUCAUGGACUUGCUUGAAUUUCACCAAGUGGAAGAUGUAAUUGUUUGUUGUUAAUCCACAUAUCUAAUCAACCCUUUUGUGGUA